CAAAAAAAUCUCAACCGUCCAUCACAUUAUUAUUAAUAUAAUCCAACGAACGGUUCCCUAUAUAAUAAAUAAUAAUUUUGGUUCCCCGCCUCACGCGCCUCCCCUGCUUCCUUAAUUCCACCGCCAGAUUCCUUCCCACGAAUCUAUUCCCCGUUUUGAAAGCAGCUUAAGAUUGGCUUCGUUGCGAAUAACAGAUCUUACUUGUUUCUAAAGGUCAAAUUUCAAAGGGAUGUUUCUUUGGGUUUACGGUUUUGGGAGUUCAAGUACAUUUUUUAUUUCAUGGGUAGCUGAAAGGUUUUAUGACAGUUUCAACACUUCAGUAAAAGGUGCUUGUGUCAGGUGAACAGUCAUACAUUUUUAGCAUAGAAUGGAAGAUGGAUUUUCAAGCUUCUGGGGUCCUGUCACAUCCACUGAUCGGUGCGAGAAAAAUUAUGUUCACUCAUCUUACAUUGCGGAGUUUUUUAACACUAUAUCCAAUAUACCGGGCAUUCUUUUUGCACUCAUUGGCCUUAUAAAUGCCCUGAGACAACGAUUUGAGAAGAGGUUUAGUGUCCUUCACAUAUCUAAUAUGAUACUUUCCAUUGGGAGCAUGCUAUACCACGCCACACUACAACGUGUGCAACAGCAAGGUGAUGAAACUCCAAUGGUGUGGGAAAUGCUUCUAUACUUUUACAUCCUCUAUUCACCAGACUGGCACUAUCGGAGUACAAUGCCUACUUUCCUGUUCUUUUAUGGAGUCGGCUUUGCAAUAGCCCAUGCUCUCAUCCGCUUCGAAAUUGGCUUCAAGGUGCAUUACAUCAUUCUCUGCCUUCUCUGCAUCCCUCGAAUGUACAAAUACUACAUCUACACUAAAGAUAACUAUGCAAAGCGGCUUGCAAAGCUAUAUAUAGCAACUUUGUUCCUGGGAAGCAUAUGUUGGCUUAUGGACCAGGUAUUGUGCAAGGAGAUAUCUCAUUGGUACUUCAACCCUCAAGGUCAUGCUCUAUGGCAUGUCUUCAUGAGCUUCAAUUCAUAUUUCGCCAACACGUUCCUGAUGUUUUGUCGUGCUGAGCAGCGAAGAUGGGAUCCGAAAAUCGUCCACUUCUUUGGUGUUUUCCCUUAUGUCAAAAUUCAAAAACCAAAGAGCCAGUGAAAAAAGGCAUGCUUGCUUCACAAGGCAAUUCUUUUUUACCCAGAAAAGAUGAAUGAAAGAAGGUUGUUUUGUCCCAUAUUUUAAAAUUCAUAUUAGCUUCAAAACCCCCAUCACUUGAAUCUUGUAAGGCUUUCAUGGAUUUGGACUUGCAGAAAUUAGUUUCCUGUAUUUGUGAUAGAAAUGGGGAAUUUUGGUUUUUGAGGGUUUUCUUUUUUGUAUUCAACUUUUUAGAAUCUCAAUUAUAUAUUAAUGAUUUAAUUUUUUUUCCCUGGUCAGGAAUCAGGAUUAAGGAUUAUGGAUGUGCUAGUUGAUUGAAAUUAACUCAUAUAUAACAUAUGAAAUCCUACCUCAUUACCAAAUGUGCCAUAAAGACACAAAUCUAGAUACCCAAGCACACAAAUACAAGAAACACUAGUUUAACCAAACCCCAAGAAUGAAUGAAAUCAAUCAAACUAAAGAACACACCAUUAUCAACGUAACUAAAAACAAACACCAAACUCUACAAUGAGCAAUAACAGCUAUUCAUGACUCGUACCCGGACAAAUGCACCGAUCUGGAUGUAGUUCUAUAGUCGAUAAAGGCCUCUGAAGUCAGGUGUUUCUUGUUAAUUCUUGUGAGGAGCAGUUGCAGAAGGAUCUCUUAGCUGCUUGUAUGAUCUCCUGGGUUAAUGGUUAUCCAUGGACUACAACAUUUUUUGGUUGUCAAGGUGUCACCAGCCGUUGUUGUGAUGAAGAGGACUCGAUUAGCUUGCUUUUCUCCGACUCGGAUUUAUC